CAACACUCAGCAGUAGCAGGGCGGUCACGUACGAAGGCUCGACGUGGAAGACGAGAAUGGGAGAACAUGUUUUAUAACAAUUGCUGGCCUCGUGGACUCACGUCACGUUUAAUGAGGAAAAAAACAAACACACAAAAAAAACGACGACACGACUCGUGACUUUAAAAAAAUCCGUUCCCAAAACAAGACGAAAUGGACGGAGGGUUGAGCAUUACAUUAAUAUCGGCGGUAAUGUUUGUCGGUUCUUUCCUACUAGGAUUCAUCCCUUUAUUGUUUCGACUUUCGGAGAGGAGCCUACACUUGGUCUCCAUCCUGGGUGCAGGUUUCUUGUGCGGAACAGCCCUUGCCAUCACCAUCCCCGAAGGAGUGGGCUUAAUACAAGAGUCGUGGACACGACAAAAUACUUCUUUAUCUGCUGCUGUGAACGAAUCCUCCAGAGAAAGUGCUCCCUCGCCUCAGCCUUGGAUUGGUGUGGCUUUGACAUCGGGCUUCACCUUCAUGUUUGUGGUGGAUCAGCUGGCGAGUUACUUCUCCGUUUGCGGAAAAACGAAUCCCAACAGUGAUGCCAUCACAGCCACGCUGGGACUGGUUAUUCACGCCGCAGCUGACGGCUUCGCUCUGGGUGCAGUGGUAGCCACAGGCCAGGUGACAGUGCAAGUCAUCGUGUUUUUAGCCGUGAUUCUACACAAGGCUCCGGCAGCUUUCGGUUUAGUUGCCUUUCUGAUACAUGCGGGACUGGAAAAGAGAUCCAUCCAGGGACAUUUGUUGGCCUUUUCAGCUGCAGCACCAAUUGUUGCCAUCCCGACAUACUUCAUAUUUCACCUGACUUCCUCGUCACCUCAGAACCAACUCGGCGCAACGGGUGUCGGUAUGCUUUUCUCGGGUGGGACUUUCCUUUUUGUGGCCACGGUGCACGUUCUUCCUGACAUCAUCAGCAGUAGCAGUGGCAGUCGUGCAGGCCAACAGCCUGGUCAUCCCAAGCACCAGAGCCACUUGGGCCUUAAGGAGAGCGUCACUCUUGUUUUCGGAAUUGCGCUUCCUGUGCUGCUGGCUCUGGGAAUUCAUGAUGACUGACAAGGAAUUGGAAGUCGAAACUGAACAUUUGUAGAACUAUACACAUUUCUGUUCACUCAGAAUGUGAAUGCAGAGUGAAGCUGUCACCAAGCUGAUGUGGCAAGCAGAGAAAUGAAAUGGGAACACCGGUUACUGGAGCACAGGAUUUCACCUCAUUUGUGAGAGUAAAAGGAUGACAGCCUGGAUGCAGGUCACAGUCAAGAUUUUGCCUUGGAGACAAAUGUGUCAGUGCCCCACCAGAUGACACCAAUAACUGACAGACGAUUUGUUGUCUGUGUGGUUUAGUCCCUCCAGUACACUGAAGAAAAAUCCCAAAUUUAAAAUAAGGCACAUCAGAUAGUACUGCAGCGAGAACUACAGUCAGCUAUUAUGUCGCCUUGCCAACUCUUCAUAGAAAACACCACUGUGAGUGCUUUGAGGCACUGCUCUGGUGUCAUUUCUUUUCUCUCCAUAACCUCACCAUUUUUUUUAAACUGUGCCAUAACGCAUCCCGAACAAUCUACAUACACAGACUUUUCAUUGAGUCUGAGGCGCGAAAAACACGUCGACAAAUAUUUUUGACACAUAGUUUUGCUCAUAAAUUGACCUCCGCCUCGGGUAUGUAAACAUAUGAGCUCAUAAAAGUACAUACUCCUGCGGUAUGUACACUUAUGUGCACAGCUCUAUUAGCAUUAUUCGUGUGAAUGCGCCUGUAACAUAACUGGCUGAAUGGCACAAUGAUGGAAUACGGGUUUUUGUAGGUCAAGUACAUUGGGAGGCAAUUUACCCUUGUUAACCUGUUCCCAGGGAAACUGGCCCUUGUGUUGAGUGAUUGUUGUGGAUUAAAGCAGCUUGAAUUUUUGGGUGUGAUGUCCUUGGUACACUAUUUCCAAAGAACAACAAAAACCUUGAGAGGAAGGUAUUACCUUCAA